UCUACACGAAUUUGUCUAAAUACAGAUUCCUAUCAUAUAUACAUGUACUUUCUGAUUUUUGAUGACAUGGGACCAAGAAUGAUGGAGUUAUUGCUAGGCCUUCUACUCGCUAUGACUGUAGUCACUACAGAUGGAAGUUGCAUAGCUCAGCGUAUUCCCCUUCACAAAGGUUCGGUAAUGGCCACAUCCAGAGACUCCUACUAUCAGGAAGGGGACAUAUUUAAUAGAAACUGCUCAGCAAUACCAAGUCGGAAAUAUAUCGGAUGGUGCCCGAACCCACACGACAAUAAUCCUAAAAUCCAAAUCAACUUGCCUGGAGCCAUCGCUGUACAUGGAUUGGUAUUUCAGACAACGUUGGCGUCUUGCCCGGCAGCGACGCACAAUUUUGGAACAGAAGCGUUCCUGGAGACGUUCGACUUGCAGUAUGUUCUCCCUGGAGAUAACACGAACACGCUAAUGUCGUAUGGUGAAGACUUACCGGCUUUAAACGGAAUGUCGGCGGAAAAGACAUUAAAGUUUGAUCCACCUUUGGUGACCAGGAUUCUGACACUAACUCCAAAAUCACACAACAUCUAUCCAUGUUUUAGAUUUGCUGUUGUCGGAUGUGGGGCAGACAGUUUGUGUCAACCAGGAUAUUGUAUGAACGGGGGGAAAUGCGCCGGAGAAAAUUUCUGCACUUGCACCCAAGGUUUUGUCGGGGACCGCUGCAAUAUGACAGCUAAAGAUAUCGAGCAGCAAGAUUACAGUUUCAUGGACAUAACAAACAACAAACUAAAUACCCCCUACGCUGAGUUUGACGUCGUUGGUGACGUAACACUCUCGCAAAACCGUCGACGAGACCAUCACCACGGGCGCUCCUGUCAUUUCCACAGCCAUCAUGAUCACCACCAUAGUCACCAUAGCUACUGCCAGUACAGCCAUAGCCACCAUCACCAUGGUAAUAGCCACUGCAUGCAUGGUUUAACGAACCAUCACCAUGGCUUCACAACGUCAAUGCACGUUCAACACGGGCACAAUCACCAUGGACAUCACUAUAUUUACUCUAACGGUGGCCACCUACAUGGUCAUCAUGGAUGUUCAUUGAGUUAUCAUACUGCUCAAAAGGUCCUCAAUUUUGUCGUAAGCACCCUUACUCACAAAUGGAGUGUUUCAGUAAAUGUGAAUUUAGGAAAUCAGCAAAAUCAUAUCUCGACAUCUUGGCAUCCACAAAUGGGCGCUCAUGUCCAUGUGAACAACCAACUUGUUGGUUCAUGCGGCCAGCCCAAACCACACAGCACACCCCAUACACAGACGGUUCCCCUACGACUGGGUAGCGGCCACUUGAAAGUUGGCACGAAUGUCAACAUAAAUAUGAACAUGUCAAUUGGUGGACUGAAUAUGUACCCAGCACCGGCACAAUCCUUGUCUAAACUGGGAAUGACAGGCCCAUUCACACCUGCACCACCGACAUCCAUGCCACAGCCAACAACCUCAGCACCAGUUUCGGCCACAACUACACAUGGACCCCAGCCUACACCUCAGCAUGUACAUGUACCCUUCACAAAGGCACCUUUGACAACGGCUUCUACACCGAGUACAACAGUUGACCACCGACCAGUCUGUUAUACAUAUGCUAACGAAACGACCAUUGGAGGUUCCAAGGCCCAUACUAGAUGUCAGACAGGGGAGGUAUGCACCUUGUAUGAAGACGGCAACAAAAAAUACAUAGCCAAAUGUCUAGAGAAAAGUCUUUGUGAAGCAGGAAAGAGGUUAGCACAUGGUAAAUGCUGGCAGUGCUGUGACACCUAUCUCUGCAAUGAUAAUUGUUCAGCGACUUCUUCCGGGCAGUGUGCUGACAAAAGUCAGUGUGCCGUUAUGUUAUCCACCGGAUAUGACGUAUGCAGUGACACGAAGAUGGCUGUUGAUAUAUGCAGCAAAACCUGCAAAAUAUGCUGAAAACACGUCAAGAUAAUUUGAAAUAAAUUAUUUCAAUAAACAAAGAUUACAAAGCCUG